AGAGGAUUUCAUUGCUUCAGCUGAGGACUUCUGCACCAGAGCAAGCUGCAUUCAUUUUAAGAGCUCCUGGGAAAGGUGGCCUGUGCCCUGAUAAUACAUGCCAUUACAGCUCCAUCCUGUUGGGAACCUCCAGGCUUCAGCCACCACAGUCAGUGAUUACCACUGCAGGAGAGCAUCAGCCCAUCCUCUCCACUGCACCUCUUCAACAGUGGCUGGCUGCCAGAUUCCCUGGUUGCCCUCACAAACAAUGGCCAUAACAGGAGUCUUCAGGUGAUAAGCAAGAGUAUCCAAGUGGCACCUCUCAGAUUCCUGGUCUAUGCCAUGCAUGGUAGGGAAAGAGGUGUUACACUCGUGACUGCUGGCUAAGUGAGUGCUCGAUGCUGGAUUAGCUGCAGUGCUCUCCCAGAAGUGGCCAUGAAGAUCCACUAUUGCAGCCUUCAAACCACUGUUUUGCUCCAACACUGUUUGAGGUCUAAUAUCUUCUGAGAACCAGUCUCUGGGCUGGUUGCCUGUGACUAAAGACUCAUCCACCUCCCACACCCUUUUUCCACUACCUGAAACUAAGAUCCCUUUGUUGUUAAAGGAGAUCCCAACCUCCACGUUUAUAGAGUCUUUAAACAGGAACCGCCCGUAGGCCUGAGAUUAGCCUCAUACAACUUUUGAUCAGCAAAACCUGCUUGCUGGACCUCAGCUCGGGCCUUGAGCUGCUCUAGGAGAGAAAGGUGAGGAGCAUGGUUACGGCUGUGUGUAUAAAUGGAGAUUCUCAUCAUCUGGCCCCACACAGACGGCCAUCAUCGUGCAGCCCAGACCAGACAGGAAACGCAACGUGCUGCACUUCGGAGAAUUGUAUUUGUGUAUGGAAAAAGAGAGGUGUGCAGGAACACGUAUGCAUGCACAUGCCUAUCUGUGAAAUGGGCAACCGUCGGGCUGUGGAUUUGCCUUUGUGCAUCUGUCUUGGCUUGGGAUGUGAUGGCAAAAUCUUCACCCAGGGUAAGAUGUCUGCCUGUGGUGAAAGAAUCUUCUAAAACUAACUUGCAGGGCCCAUUAGAGGUUAUCUAUCUGUGAAGCUGAGGGUGCAUGAAGCUCUGGAAGAAGAUGGGCAUAUUUUGUGCAUCCCUGCCUGGCCUGUUGACUGGACAAGCUGUGCCAAACAGGCACUGAAGCUAUGUGGGGUGGUGCUGCCUGUCUGGACUAGCUGCAAGGCUCACAUCAGAGGCGGUGAUUCUUCCUUCUGUGGAGCGAGUGGGGUGUACCUCGGUGUAGGGAGGCCACCGGAUGGGUGUCCCUGUGGUGUCACACCAUCUGCAAGCAUGAAGGCUGCACCUCAAGCUUGUUCACACUCAGCACUGCCCUCGUUCCACUCCCGCUCAGACCCAGGAUGGAUCGUCUGAAACUGGAGCACUGAUGUGGAGGCUGGUUUCGUUCUAGUGUUGAUGAGGUCAGCAUCUUGAGUUAUUCUUCACAAAGUGGUCCAUGGUAUUUCUACAACAGACAGACUGCUAUCCUCUGUUUCAAAGUGAUCUGUGCACCUGUGCAGACCCUGAGAGUGAUAUGAGCAAUCUGCUUGGGUGUAUGGAAAAGAAAGCUGUGGGUCUCUUGCCAGUGUCCCAAGAGAAUAGGUCCUCCUCUCUCUCUCUGGCUCCCCAGCAAUACUUACAAACUGGUCCCAGUAUAUCUGAGCACUGCAAACUAACACCUGAUCCCUCCACCCUUGUUUCUGCACCUAUUGCUUUACCAGCAGGAAGUAGGACGUGGUUUGGGGCUUUUUAUUCUCGGCCUCACUAGCCUUUUCGAUACUCUGGGGCCUCGUCUCAUUCUGACAAGGCAAGUGAGUGGCAGCUUCCUGUGCAAAGGUGAGAGGGAGAAGACAAAUAGAGACUGUGCAUGUACAAGACCAUGCAUGUGCAGAACUGCCAGGCUGGAAGCAACUCUUGUGCCAGCAGCACUGGCUGGCACCUGGACAUGCACUGAGCUAGGAUAUCCGCCUCCAUCUCUCUCUGUUCUCCUCUCUCCAUUUCCCUCACUGUUCGAUGUUCAGCACCUGCAUUCACCCAACUCUACGACCUGAUCCCCAGGAACUCCCUUCAUCAGGACCUCUUGGUGCCCACAGCUGAAAGUGUGUCACCAGUACAGAUGAAGCCCUCUUUGCUGCUUCUGUGUCACCUCUGGCUGUUCAGCCUCACACCUCUCUCCUGGGCAUCAGACUCAGCACAAGGCACCUCCAGCCUCACUUGUUGGUAUGACUCACGGGCAGCUCUCUUCUGCGACUGGACCCCAGGCAAGGACCUGGCUGAAGCACCAUGCCACCUGGAGAUUAUAUCCAAGUUACCCUUCUGUGGCAGGUUCUCUUUCUUAUCCGAAAAAAUCAAGGAGCACUGUGAAUUACCAAAGGCAGAACACACGACAGGACUGAGGAGAUGCAUCAGGACCUUCAGCAAAAACAAUAAUGCUCAAUGCUUCACCACUGCAGACAGUCUUACCAUGUCAGUCCAUUGCCAGGUUGGAGAGAAUAGGUCUAUACCUGUGCAAAUAGAAGAUUUCAGUCCACUUGCAAACAUAAAGCUGAGGCCUCCAAGCAAUCUUCAGCUGGUUCACAAAACUGAAAAUACCUACAACUUAACAUGGAGCCUGAAUAUCUCCUCUCACUAUUUGGAUGGGGAGCGGGAAUACCAAGUGCGGUACCGAAACACGACCGAGUCCUGGCAGGAGGCCAGGAACUUCACCAUUGUGCAGGACCAGAUGUGGGUGGUGUUUGAGAGCCUUUCACCCAACACGAAAUACGAGGCAGCUGUUCGUGCAAGGCCAAGUGCCUCAAGUAUCUGCAAAGGCGUGUGGAGCGACUGGAGCGAGACGAUACUGUGGAGGACUCAUGCUGACCAAACAUCCCAACCGGUACUGCCAUUUCUUAUAGUGAGCACUUGCAUCUUUGUGGUCAUUGGAACUGCCUUCCUUAUUAACUUACGGACCCUGAAAUGGUUUAAGAAGAUCCUGAAGAUUCACAUCCCAGACCCCGAGAAGUUCUUCCCCCCACUUGUUUCAGUUCACGGAGGUGACAUUCAGAAAUGGCUCUCCUCCCCAUUCUCCACAUCUUCCUACUGUGUGAACAGCACAACCCCAGAGAUCUCCAUGCUUGAGGUGAUGCAGAAGAAUGACCAGGAAUCACAGCUUCUACUUUCCAAGGGCACCCUAACUCCUGAACCACCCUUAGAAAACAGUGGCCACUCUGUAUCCAGCUGCUUCACCGACCAAGGCUACUUCUUCUUCCCCCUUUCCAACUCCUUUGAAAUUGAGCCCUGCCAGGUAUACUUCACCUAUGAGCCUUUCACACAGGAGGGCAUUGACAGUGGGAACGGUGAGCCUUACCAUGCUCUACACUCUCCAGACCUCUGCACACUGACAGAGGAUAUGCCAGUGUUGUACCACAACUUCUUGCACUGUAUCAUGGUGACCCAGGGAUUACAAAGCAGCCCACUCAUGGAAAAGAUGGAAGGAGAAUCCCAGCAGGCCAUGGCUAUUUCUGGGGUUCUCCAGUCAAGUGAAGGCACUUCACCAACACCAGUUCUGAAACAGAAUGAGAAGGUGAUGGACAAAGCAGCUUUACAGCAUCCUGGGGCCCUGUGCCAGCUGGACACUGACUUCCCUGACCCACCAGACCUGGAUGACAGCAAUACUGUUGAUGUAAUGGAGGGGAAUGGGGAGGCAGACCCUCCGACUGACCCCUGUACACCAGCAGUACAUGAUACCUCUUCUUCCUCACAGCCUUCACCUCUAAGGCAGAGCCAGAAUGAAGAUUCAUGCAGAACAGCCUGCUCCAGCCAGGUUCCAAACACUGGUGCCUACCUUUCCCUGAGGGACCUCCAGUGCCAAUACAGUUAUUGCUCUGUUUAGGAUCUGCCUGGAGGAAACCCACAGGUGGGAAAGGCCUCCUCUGCAGGAAAGGCUGGAGUGACAGUUUUGCUAUUCAGGGCAAGAACGUGGCUUCAGCAUCAGACCCCUUGGGACUGUUCUUUAAUGAGGCUGGAGAGCACAGUUACUCUAGAGGGCUGCAAAACCAGAAAAGGGAUAGGAUGGACAAGGUGUAAAUUCAUGGAUGUCUAAAUAGGUAAACACCAGUUCCGAAGGUGUUCGUGAAACAGACCACUGGAAAUGAGAGGACAUUUUGUAUGGAGAACUAGGCUACUGGGCAGUAAAGCAACAGAUGGAAAACAAUAAAGGCACAUUAAAGCUGUUCAGUGGCGACAUAGCUAAUGGAGACAUACAAGCCUGAUUCUUAGGCAUACAGGCCAACAAGAACUCACCUUUGUAACUGAACCUGUUUCUCUGCUAUUACUGGAUCUGACAGCGUAGAAACCCCUUUCUGAGCUGCUCAAGUGCCAUCCCAAAUUGCACCAGCUUGUUUUUAACUUCCCAGCUCCUUAGCAGGAGGCUGUGCCAGCACUUCCAUGCUCUGCAUCUUGGUGUGAAAUAGCACUCAGAUUUGAUGCUGAGCAGCCACAUGGUCCAUUUGCCUCAUCCCAGCCUAAAAACCUCUAACGAGAGGGAGAAAUGCCUGAAAAGGUAGACAUGAGGUUUUGUACAAGGGACAGUAGCACUGCUGGUCAGUGCUGUGGCCAGUGAUGAAAUGGGUGAAGACGUCUGACCAAGGGUAUAACUUUUCCUGUGAUGUCCCCACUUCAGGUUUUAAUCAGAUAUUACAUUCUAAGCUACUCAGUCCAGCUUUGGGCUUGAGUCUCCAAAGGAGGCUCAGAGCCCCAGCUGUGUCAGCUGUCUAAGGCAAUGCAAUGUAAAAACAAAUCCCCACUCUUGGGUUAAAAAUAGUGGGGAAAUCCCCCUCCUCCCUUUCCCCCAGGUCUGAUGAUGGCAGUAAAGAGAACGCACACAAUUUCCCAUUCUUGCUGCAAUAUUUUUCAUGAAAUCGAAAGCCUCUCUGCCCUGCUGGCAAAAUACAGUUAUUUGACUACGAUAAGCUGAUUGCAGAAUAGUUCAUCCCACAUCCUGUAUUAGUGGAAAACAUCACAACACUGCUGCCCAUUCCUUCCAUUGCUCAAGGGAAAACCACUGCCUAAUUAGCAGCAAAGAUGUGGUGAAUAAGCCCAGAAAACUAACCCACAAAUCAGCACCUUUGCUGAAAAGAAAACCCCAAUCCACUCACAAAGAAUGGGGAUAGCAAAGGCCAAACUGUGUUUUUUUUUUGUUUUUCCUCUGCAUUUGCUGAUCUCAUUUCAGAAAAAGCAGCUCAACAUGGAAGAAAAGCGGCAAGGCAAAGGAAGACAAGCUGUUCUGGUUACACACAUCCCUGCAUUUAACAUCUGUACUGUUACCUGCUUUCUUGCAUAUUUCUAGACUACUCAGCAAUGGGAAAAUAUCAGCCCUGUGCUAAAGAUUCUUCUUCUAAGAUUUUUUAUAUCAAAAAGGUCAAGGAUAUCAAAUUCAUUACUUCUGUCACCCCUUGAGUAUCACUCAGAACUAACUCUUCCUUACCCCUGUUUGUACAAGCAUUGAGCUUCCCCAUUGUCACGGUUCCACGCUGUUACCUGACCUUGCAUUAUGCAGACGGAAUAUUAUUAUGAGUCCCAGCUAUGGGGUACCCACUGGCUUGGAUUUCACCUCAAAAGUGCUGCUCAGAGGAGCUGAACCUGAAUGUAACUGAGAGGAAUGGGGGAGCUAAACCUCUCCUCUCAUCAGCUUCUUCACCACCUGCAUCAAGAUGUGGACUGCUCCGUUGUCUGCAGGAGACAAUGGCUGAAGACCAUCCUACAGCUUCCUGGAUAAGGAAGCAUAAGGCUUGCCCAGCUGCUUGUUAUACAUUGAGAAUCUUCCCAGAUGGACUUCAAAAAGAUGUGCUGAAUCCCAUGCCCCUGACAGGCAAUUUGCUGUUUUACAUGGGCCAAGUAUCCUAGUUGUA